CGCUGUCUUUUUGGUCCCCACGUGGGCAGGCCGGUGAUGGCGGCGCUGGUUGCCUCUGAGGCGGCGGAGGCCCGAGGCCGAAACGGCCCUGGCAGAGGUCGAGCCCCUCGGGGCCGCUUGGCCAAUCAGAUCCCCCCUGAGAUCCUGAACAACCCCCAGCUGCAGGCGGCCAUCCAAGUCCUGCCCUCCAACUAUAACUUUGAGAUCCCCAAGACCAUCUGGAGACUCCAACAGGCCCAGGCCAAGAAGGUGGCCUUGCAAAUGCCUGAAGGCCUCCUCCUCUUCGCCUGCACCAUUGUGGAUAUCUUGGAAAGGUUCACAGAGGCCGAAGUGAUGGUGAUGGGUGAUGUGACCUACGGGGCUUGCUGUGUGGAUGACUUUACUGCAAGGGCCCUGGGAGCUGACUUCCUGGUGCACUAUGGCCACAGCUGUCUGGUUCCCAUGGACACCUCGGCCCAAGACUUCCGGGUGCUGUACGUCUUUGUGGACAUCCGGAUAGACACCACCCACCUACUGGACUCUAUCCGCCUCACCUUUGCCCCAGCCAGCGCCCUUGCCUUGGUCAGCACCAUUCAAUUUGUGUCAACCUUGCAGGCAGCUGCCCAGGAGCUGAAAGCUGAGUAUCGUGUGAGUGUCCCACAGUGCAAGCCCUUGUCCCCUGGGGAGAUUCUGGGCUGCACAUCCCCUCGCCUGCCCAAAGAGGUGGAGGCUGUUGUAUAUCUUGGAGAUGGCCGCUUCCAUCUGGAGUCUGUCAUGAUUGCCAACCCCAAUGUCCCUGCUUACCGAUAUGACCCAUACAGCAAAAUCCUGUCCAGAGAACACUAUGACCACCAGCGCAUGCAGGCCAACCGCCAAGAAGCCAUAGCGACUGCCCGCUCAGCUAAAUCCUGGGGCCUUAUCCUGGGUACUUUGGGCCGCCAGGGCAGCCCCAAGAUUCUGGAGCACUUGGAAUCUCGGCUCCGAACUUUGGGACUUCCCUUCGUGAGGCUGCUGCUCUCUGAGAUCUUCCCCAGCAAACUCAGCCUACUUCCUGAGGUGGAUGUGUGGGUGCAGGUGGCAUGUCCACGCCUCUCGAUUGACUGGGGCACAGCCUUCCCUAAGCCCCUGCUGACACCCUAUGAGGCGGCUGUGGCCCUGAGGGACAUUUCCUGGCAGCAGCCCUACCCCAUGGACUUCUACGCGGGCAGCUCCUUGGGACCGUGGACGGUGAACCACGGACAAGACCGGGCUCCCCAGGCCCAGGGCCUGCCGGCGCUGGGCAAGAUGCAGAAGGGGCCCACGGGCCCCUCUUCCGCCGCGGCCUGCGAGGGUUGCAGCUGCAGAGACGAAAAGGCGGCGCGGCUCGCUCCUUGAGACACUCCUGGGUCUCAGGGCCCUGCCCUCCGGAGGAGCAGCCACGAGGCUGGUGGUUUUCAGAACAGGAGGCAGACGUGUUC